AUGUCAGCUUGCAACAUGUUUCCAACGUAUUGGAACUUGCAUAUGAGAUUCAAACACAAGCUUAGCGGCCGCCUCCUCAUCCGACGGCUGAGAUCUCCUCUGCGCCUCCUUGGCCUUGAGCGCCUGCAGCUUGGUGUGAUUAUAGUAACCCACACCCAGGAAAGCCAAUCCGUACCCAAACAAAUUCAACGGCGUCACCGUAUCCUUAAUCACCGACCACGAGAAGGCAAUCAGCAGCCAAUCCUUGACGACGCCGGCCACGUUCAUGGUCAGCGCCGACGUCUUCCCCACAAGGAGGAACACGGCGAGGUUGAGCGCGAACGCGCACAGGGAAUUGGUUCCGAAAAUCAGGAAAUCGAAUCGGAAACCUAA